AUGUCCAGCGGCACAUCCUACGGCGGCGGCGGCUUCGGCGGCUCCAUCCUGGGCGACAUCACCGGCGUCCAACAGCACGCCCAACACCACUCCUCCGGCCACGGCGACGAGUCCCUCUUCGGCAACGCCCUCGCCAUGCUGCAGGCCAAAGAAUCCAACCUCGCCAACGAGGACGUGGAUGAGGAGCACAUGGUCAAAGCACAUAAGUCCUACUUCGGCUCGGGAGGUGAGGGGGGAAAUGCGACGAGUGGGGGGAUUGGCGCGGCGAGCGCGAUGCAGGCGUUGAAGAUGUUUAAUGGGGGGACGAGUGAGGGGGGUGAGAGCUCGCAGCAGGAGUUUAUUGGGAUGGCUAUGGGGCAGGCUGCUAAGCUGUUUGAGCAACAGCAGUCGGCCGGGAACGUUGCUGAGGGGGAGUCGAAGCAGAGUGCCGUCCAACAGGCCGGUGAAGCCGCUUUGAAAAUGUACAUGAAGAGCGAGAUGGGCAACAACUCGAGCGGUGGGGGAGGGCUCAUGUCGCUGGCGUCGAAGUUCAUGUAG